UCUGUAUUUGCAUAUCGUGGCCUUUUCAGCUUUAGGUUUGCACACAUAUCCACCUCCAUCUACUCUUUCCAUAAGAGUAUAACAAAAUCCGGCAAAUACUUAUAGAUAAAUAAACACAUAAUACUUCAUUUUAGAAGCUUGCCAUUAUUGGAUUAGCAAACUGGUGUCUAUUGGAGCAGAAUGCAUGUGCUUAAUGUACUUUCUUUCCUGCUAAUUACCUCAUGCCUGUGUGAUGGGAGAAGAGCAAAAGAAAACAAAGCAGAUUAUGAGCAUGGGAUGAAGAUAAAGACGCACUAUGAGCCUAAAUCCAUGUUCAGGAUGUAUACCCAUGGGAUGGAUAUAAAUGAUGCCUGCACUGUAAAGCUCUUCCAAGCUCACACCCUGCAGUCCUGCAGCUUCAACAGCAGCCACCCCUUGGUCAUCAUCAUCCACGGCUGGUCGAUGGAUGGGAUGAUCGAAAGCUGGGUCACUCGGCUGGCCGGUGCACUUAAGAGCACACAGAAAGACAUCAAUAUUCUGGUCAGUGACUGGAUGACCUUGGCACAGCAACACUAUCCCAUUGCAGUUCAAAACACGCGGGUGAUCGGUCAGGAGAUCACCCAACUGCUGAUGUGGCUUGAGGAUCUCACACAGUUUCCUGUCAGUAAGGUCCAUCUAAUCGGCUACAGUCUGGGAGCUCACAUAGCCGGAUUCGCCGGAAGGAACUUAGCCACAUCAGGGAGGACUCUGGGAAGAAUCACUGGAUUGGACCCUGCAGGCCCACUGUUUGAAGGCAUGUCCUCUACAGACAGACUCUCCCCAGAUGAUGCUAGGUUUGUGGAUGCUAUUCACACAUUUACCCAGCAGCACUUGGGGCUCAGCGUGGGCAUCAAACAACCGGUUGCUCACUACGACUUCUACCCUAAUGGAGGAUCGUUUCAGCCUGGAUGCGAUCUGCACGUUAAGAACCUGUACACCCACCUAUCUCAGUAUGGCCUUAUGGGCUUCGAGCAGACGAUGAAGUGUGCCCAUGAGCGGGCAGUGCACCUUUUUAUUGACUCUCUUCUGAACAGAGACAAACAGAUCAUGGCCUACAAGUGCAGAGACAGCGCAGCAUUUAACAAGGGAGUCUGUCUGGACUGCCGCAAAAACCGGUGUAACACUCUCGGCUAUGGCAUCAAGAAGGUCCACACGAGCACCAGCAAGAGGCUGUACCUCAAAACCCGAUCUAUUAUGCCAUACAAAAUGUACCAUUUUCAGUUUAGGAUUCAGCUCUUCACACAGUUUGAAAAUACUGAUCUGUCUCUCACUAUCAAACUCACCGGCACGCUUGAAGAGAGUGAAGCUCUGCCAAUCACACUAGUAAAGGUCUCAGGCAAUAAGACCUACUCUUUCCUGAUCACUGUGGACACUGACAUUGGAGAUCUGAUGAUGGUGCAUGUGUCCUGGGAAGCAGAAUCACUGUGGACCAACAUGUGGAGCAAAGUGAAGACCAUAUUGCCAUGGGGGAGCAAGGAAGAUGGGCCACAGCUCACCAUUGGCAAGAUUCGAGUCAAAGCUGGGGAGACACAGCAGAGAGCGACGUUUUGUGCUGAGACAGAAGACAGAGGAUCUAUCCGGGCCUUAGAGGAGAAGAUUUUUGUUCGAUGUGAUAAAAGGCAGGAAAAGCAGGAGCUCAUGAGGACACGUGGCUGAGGGACAGAGUGAGCGCAGGGUUUUGUGCUCACACAUGCGUGACAUCAUGAUGUUAAAAACAAAACAAAACAAAAUAAAAAAACAACAUCUAGACUUUCUAAGGUUAAGCAGAAGAAGAUGAAACCAGUUACUGUUUUCACCAUUGCUGACUGAUGCUUCCUGCUUUCCCUUUGUUAGAAUUCUUUUUUAUGUUUUAAAUCUCUUUUUAGUCUGACUGAAACAAACACAUACAAAGUAAAGUGUUAGACUGAGCAGCGAUGAUGCUUCCAGCACAUCACAUCCAAUGUAACAUCUCUACUGCACAUAUGCAAUAAAAAUGGCAUAGCACUCUG